CAAUCAUUAUCAUCCUCAAUUACACACCGUUUGAUUACAACACCUUGUCAGUUGAACGCAUCUAAGAUGCACACUGCCGUACCCCCUAUUUAAUCAAAUUCAACACUCCACUCGGACACUGAUCUCUUGAGAUCUUUCUUCUUUCUCUUCACUUUCCCAAAUUUCACGUUCCAACGAAUUUCGAUGGAGUUCAACAACAGUGUGAUCCAAAACCAAUCAACCCCAGUGUCAAAUGCUCUUCCCACCGUCACUUAUGCCUCCGCAUCUUCAUCCCAAGGGUCUUGUGUGUCGAUGGAUGUCGAAGAAGUGUCACAGCAUGAGUUAGAGAAACAACAGAUACAGCGGAAGGAGGAAAUCAGGAGAGAGAUAAUCGCCGGCGAGAUGGCACGGCGGCGAGAGCUAGAAGAGGAAGUGAGGAGGGAAACGGCGUUCGAAAAAUCAUUUGGAAUCCCAACGCAAAGACCAGAGGGGAUCUCGUUUCAACCACCGGUUUCAACGUUUUUCAAUCCAAUAAUGAACAUCCCCCACCCUCACGUGGCUAAGCCAGAUGUUGUUCCUCAUGAAGCAAAACGCAAAGCGGUGACACCUCUUCUGAUUGAUGACAUUGAGAAGCAUUCCUCAUUUAGUUUUCAGAUGAUCCAACCCAGUGACGCGUACUGGAGUUGCUCCUUAUGUCAGAUUACUACUACAAGUGAGAGAAACUUGGAGGAUCAUCGUCAAGGUAAAAAGCAUAAGGCUAAAGAAGCAUCCAUGAGUACUCCAAAAAUAGGGUUGGAUGGUAGAUCAAAGAACCAGAUACUUCAACCUUGCCUAACCCUCACAGACACAUGCAUAUUAAAAUCUGCAAAAGAGGAUCAGGUUGCACUGGAAAGCCAAGAUUUAGGUGGCCUGGAUAACAAAAAUGAAACAGCUACUGAGCAAAAAGCAGGGAAAACAAAAGCAUUGACACCAAAGAAGAAGUUUAAAUUUUGGUGCGCAUUUUGUGAUUUUAAAGCUUACUCAGAAACCGACAUGGAAAACCAUAAGACUGGAGAAAUGCACUUGGCUAAGAUGAAGGAGUUUAGCAAAAACAAUGGUUAUCAUGUUGAAUGGUGACAAAUGACAAUUUAUAUAUUUCUUUUACUGUUGUGAAAAUUUAUUUGCUUUUGAGUUAUGAUUAUAAAACAUUUCAUGAGGAAUUUGUUUUAAUUAGCUGCAGGUGUGAUCAAACUUGAUGGGUUGCAUCUU